UGCCAUAGCAACGAGUUGUAUCUCCGGAGAGCUAGCCCGGAUAAACAGUUUCUGUAGCUGUGUGUGUGUAAUCGUUAGGAUGGAGCUGAGUGCAGUCAGAAUACGCAGAAGCAGAGAGGUCACAGGCCAUACUCCACAUUCUGUGGCUAUUCAUGCAAAGCCAUCAAUGGGCCGUCCAAGGGACCACCUGAUUCUGGAGAGACGGAGGCAGGAUGAGCUACGAGAGGAGGUCAACACCAUCAUCAAAUACAGCAAGCAGUUCGAUCUGAAGACAAAAUGGGUAGAGACUACUGAUAAGAAGAUUCAGAAGAAUACCAUUCAGCGUCGCAUGGAGAGCCUCCUCAAACAGCAGCAGUUCAGUCUAGAAGAGAGGAGAGAUCAACUGAGGUCGUUACUGAAGACAGAGGAGGAACAGUAUCUGAUUGAAAUGGCAGGAAGACAGGAGACACCUCUUGAGAAACAGGCUAAAAUGAGGGAGAGGGCACGCAGUCUCAAAGAGAAGAGAGAGGCUGAGAGACUGGCACUCGUCGAGCGAAAGCUAGAACAGAGAUGGAGGGGCCAGUGUGAGGAGUUGCGCAGCAUUCAGAGUAAGCAUCACCAGGAUGGGGUAUGUGAGGAAAGGGCAGAGCAACUCAGACUCAAUGCAGAGAAGAAGAGAAUAAAAGAACAAGAGGAGCAGUUCUAUGCUGGCUUGUGGGAGAAGGAUCGUUUGGCCAAGUGUGCUAGAGAGGAGAUGGAUGGUGUUCUACAGAUAGAGAGGAACAAGGAAAUGAUCAAGGCGUUGACAUUGCAAACAGCUUCCAAGAAUGAGCAGCUUCAGGAUCAAAAGAGGCUCAAGGAGCAAGAAGCUGAUCUACUGCGUGAAGAUGCUGCUAUAAGAGCAAUGGAAGAGCAGCAAAUGAAGGAAGAAAAAAGGAGGACCCAGGCCCGAAGGAAAAUGGACAUUGAUUACUCAUUGAAGCUUAAACUGAAGAAGCAGGCUAAGGAAGCCCAAGAGGAGCUUGCCAUGGAUAUGAGGCUCCUGGAGCAAGUGCUGACUGAGAGUAGCAAUGAAGCUAUGCACCACUUAAACAAAAAGAACCAGCUGCGUGAUGAGGUGAAGUGUUAUCGUGACUACCUGGCUUCUCAGGCUGAGGAGGAAAAAAAUAAGGAGAAGGAAUUGGAUGCCCUGCUCAAUGAGGAGGUCCAGAAACAGUGGGCCAAGAGGGUGAACCAGUGGAGGAUGGAAAGAGAGGCUAGAAAGAAACUCUUACAGAAUGUGCUUGAAACAAGGAAGAAACAGAUACAAGAGAAAUUGGCCAAGAUCCAGGAAGAGAAACUAGUGGAAGAGAAAGAGAGAGAGCAGUUGCUAAUCAACUUUGAGAAACACAGGCAGUUGGAACAAAAGCAAAAAGAGGAAAACAUGUUGGUCAAGUUGGAUUAUCAGAGACAUCUCCAACAGCAAAUGGGCUACACUCGGGCUGUGAAGAAGCUAGAGGAAGAGCAGACACAGAGGGAGAUAACCAUUGGCAGGGAAGAGGAGCUGCUCUACAAACGGAGAGUACAAAAUGCUCUAGCAAGGCCAGACCCUGACAAAACUCACCCCAAGAGAUUCUUACUUACUGGACAGCAACUAUUCUAGAUAGAAACUUUUACUGCAUCACAAAUGGCAUUUAAAUUGAAUGACUGUAUAUGAUUGUAGAAAUGUAAUUAAAUACUGUUCAUGACAUUAUGACAAAUUGA